CAACUCCACUCCGUUGGACGACAUCGAUCUCUACGCAAUCAUCAUGGCAACGCUACAUAUAUAAGUACAAGCAAACAUGCAAUACCAACGACCAGAAAAGCCGUCUCCCGUCGCCCCGCGUAUCAUCAUACACGGCGGCGCGGGAAACAUAACUCGACAGAACUUGUCACCAGAAUCGUAUCAAGUCUACCGCCAUGCUCUUCUCUCCAUCCUCAAGCGUGCACGGGCGCAGCUUCCGAACCCUCAAGCAUCUGCACUCGAUGUUGCCACAUAUGCAGUCUCACUUCUCGAGGAGAAUCCGCUCUUCAACGCCGGACGAGGUGCAGUGUUUACCACAGAAGGCACUCACGAGCUCGAAGCUUCCGUCAUGGUGAGCACCGGAUACCGAAAGCGAGGUGUUGGUGUAAUGAAAGUACGAACGGCUAAAAGCCCGAUCAAGCUGGCGAGAGAGAUGUUAUUGCGAGGAGAGCUGGACGAUGGUGGUGGUGCUCACGCCCAUAAUCAGCUAGAAGGCGAGACCUGCGAUCGUCUGAACCACGAUUGGGGCUUGGAGUCUGUGAAGCCGAGUUACUUUUGGACGCGAAGAAGAUGGGAUGAGCACCGAAUAGGUCUUGGUCUUCCGCACGAUAAUGACACUUACCGAAAGCACAAGCAAUUGGCCGAUGGCGACGAUUCCCUCCCAGAGAAAGAUGAGUUGCAAGUAGAUCCACAGACUUGGGACGAUCCGAGCUGGAAUGGCAGUGACUAUCUACCUCAGGGUACUGUAGGCGCUGUGGUACUUGACAGCUCAGGCGUGCUCUGCGUAGCAACCUCAACUGGUGGUUUGACCAACAAGCUGCCCGGUCGGAUUGGAGACACGCCUACAUUGGGCGCAGGCUUUUGGGCGGAGCAAUGGCAAGAGAGAAAGCCACAAGAAGACAACCUGUCAACAAGUUGGCUGCAAGCAUGUUUGCCUAAUUUCACGAGCUAUACAGCACUAGACAUGGCCCCUGAGAGUACCUUCCGAGCAGUAGCAAUGUCAGGAACUGGGAACGGCGACAGCUUUCUUCGGACAAAUGCUGCAAGAACCGCAGCAGCUAUUGCACGCUACGCGGAAACAUCUACGAGAAAAAUCUCGCUACAGAACGCUGUCACUGCAGUUGCUGGGCCACAUGGCCAACUACAACAAUCAGCUGGGGACAGGUGGAAGCGAACUGGUGAAGGCGAGGGCGGAAUCAUAGGCAUAGAGCUUAUAGAAGACCGCGGACACAUCGUCUACGAUCACAACUGCGGCGGAAUGUUCCGCGCUUAUGUUGACGACAACGGCCACGCGCACUUUGGUGUCUUCCAAGACGAGAAGAGAACUCUUUAAGGGAAGUGCACAGAGCAAGGUGGCAACAAAAUGUGAAUCAU